AUUUUUUAUGAGGAAACUCAAAAAAACUUGGCAAUUAUUUGAUUGAUUGUUUUUUCCGAAAUUUGGUGAUGAUAGGAUAUUUAUUGCAAAGUUUGGAUAUGAUUAUUAGUAUUUAUCUUUUUCUGUCGGUGAAUAGUUUGAAUCAUUUUAUACACACAACAAAAUCCUUACAACAAAUGUAAGGAUAAUGUGAGAAACUAUUAUAAAAAAAUUCACGUAAAUCUUCUCCAUUAAAUGUUUUUUGUCACAUUAUCAAGUCAGUCGAUCAAUCAUUACGCUUUGGAAUACUGUGUGUGUUUUUUUAAAAACUUCACUUCGAUAAAGCUAUUUUCUGCAACACCUUUCAAAUGUUUAGAGUAUGUUUUCUUCACCGUCCAGUUUUGGUAAUUAAACUUAAUCUGAAAUGCUGCUAAAAAGGUGCAAAAACUGCCUCUCGAAUUCUACCAACACCAGAAGCGUAGAUAAAGGGUCAGGGGGCCAAAUGCUAUUUUAUCGGAAAAUUUCUGAUCUUGUCAGAAAUAUAACAUGGUUGUCUGUAUUUUAUCUAAGUGUUAAAUUUUGAGAGGAAAGACUUUAAAGAUUAUUAUAACGAUUUCCUCACUUGUUCUGAAUCAGGUGGGCAAUCUCUUUCGAUAAGGUAUCGGACUUAAAAAUGCCUUUUGAGAGGAGAAGACCAUAAAAUCUUCAAUUAGUGUGAUUUAUGAUAUUUGACUUUGAGUAUCUCCUGUUUUACUUCAGUUCUAAUGUCAUUAUGUUAUGUUUAACUGAAUGAAAAAAUUAAAAACUUUUGGUAGAUUUUUGUCGGAAAAUCUCAGUUUUUCGCCUCUCCUUUGAAAUUUCCUAUCCACGCCAAUGACCAGCACACCAAUUAACUGAUAACUUGCUAUCAACUGAAUGCAUACUUUUUACUUUGGCGUGGUAUAACCAUCAACCGGGCUCUUACAAUCUGACAGCCGAUCUACAAUUAGAAUGCAAGACCGCCGUGGGAAACAAGUUAGGAAAACAGUUGAGGUAGCUUAGCUAAAACUUUGUUUUUGUAUUUUUGAUACUAUAACCAACGAAAAGCAUAGAUUGAUUUUCAUUAUUUUGACUUCAGGUGUCAGGUGGCACAAUUUUGCGAAUUCGUGAUUUGACAAUGAGUAAAGUUGAUGUUUUGACAAAGAUAUAAUCAGGUGGCUUAAUAUGCUAAGUGUGCUAAUUGCGUCAAGGUGGGGAGGGGAGAGUCGAAAGAACUGUUUGCUUACCGAAUCUACCCGCUCUUUAAGGCAACCUCGCUAUCGAAUUAACGGCAUUUCAAGUCGGGGCUGAGCUGUUGCUAGAGAAAAUUGCAACUGUUGGCCUAAAUCUUUUGGCAGCAUUUUUUGGACACUUGGUGGUAAUGUGAAUUGCAAAAUCGGUGUUAGAUAUGCAUAGAAGUUUAAGCAUGGGAGUUUGUUAAAAAGCGAUGAAGACUGUGCAGAUAUGUCUAUGAAAACCCAGCAUCAUGGAUAUACGAAGCAAUCACCAACUGGAAUGCAUUCAAACUGGAGUGGAAGCCGAGACAAUGUGAGAAAGAUUGUUGAAAAGGAGGGUAGAAUUGCAAGGAAUCUUAUUACUUGGUCUGUUCCUAUUGCCCAGCAAAGAAGCCAAAAUGAAGACCAGAACCAGAGAGGAAAGAAAAAGUACAGAGGGCGAAACAGAGGGCCAAGAAAUCAAAACAGAUAUGAAAUGAAUGAUCAUCAAGAUGUACAUUCAAAUAGGGAGUUGGCACCUCCUAACCAUCAAGUUAGUCAUACUCAGCCAACCAACAUAAUAAACCAAAAUCUUGUGGUGAACAGAGAGACAAAAUCAGAGGAGUAUAGAGAACACAUCAAGAAUGUGAUAGAAAAUGGAAUACCAGAAAUUAGGAGACCCAGCUCUGCCCAAGGAAGUAAAAGAGAUAAUCUUAGGGCACGAUAUUGGUCAUAUCUGUUUGAUAAUUUACAGAGAGCUGUUGAUGAAAUAUAUAAGACCUGUGAUAAUGAUGAAAGCACAGUAGAAUGUGAAGAAGUAAUAAUGAUGCUUGAUAGCUGCAAGAAGGACUUUGUAGCACUGAUAGAUCGAAUAAAGAUAUUUAAAGAGAUUGAGAACAAGGAUUUGAAGAACAGGCCACAAAGCCUGGCUUGGGAAGUUCGGAAAAUGUCACCAGGAAAGUGUAUCAGCCCUCCCCCUGCAGUGAUUAUGGUCGGAAGGCACAGCCCAAUAUUCAAUGCACAAAAAAGCUUGAACUUUGGAAACUUUUCUCUCGUUCAAAAAGAUUGCUCACCGAGUGCUGGUCUGUCAUGGGCUGACAAAGUGAAGGGUCUAAAAGCAACGCCAUCUGGAUCUCCAAAAUCUGAUCAACAAGAAGGCGGUAUUUUUACAAGUGAAAAAAUACAAGACACAAAAGAAGGACCAAUGGUAUCAUUUGAAGCGAAACCAAGCACAAAAAGUGUAGUCACAGGAAUAGAGGAGGAUGGAGACGAUGAAGGAUGGGAAAUUGUUGGGAAAGGAAAACAUAGGUCGCGAGGUUCAUCGUCUGUUAGCAUUAAAACAUCAGCUUCACAAGACUCUAUUGAAAUUCUAAGUGUAAAAAUUGAUGAGCAAUUCAGCAGUCAUACAAGCUUGUCCAGUAAUGAAAGACUUAUCGGAACUGGAAGCAGUGCGUUUGAAAAAGUAGAGAAGUCUCCUAAAUCAGGAUCAGCUUCAGCAGAAAGGAUUCAUCUGAGAGAUGAUAGCCAUAAGAAGAUAGCAGAAGAAGUUAAAAGUAACUUUGGAUUGCCGUUUAAUGAUGGAUUGGCCAGCAGGAAGAUUGGGACAAACGAGGAAUCCCUCGACGAAACAACUGAAGACAGUGCUCUGCAAAUUGGCCUUUCUGAUACUGGGAAUUUUGAAGAGCUGUUGUUAGAAGAUGAAAUAGACAGCUUUAUAGAAACGGCUGAACAGCAAGAAGAGGACUUGAUAAGUAGGCAGAUGGAAGAAGAGAAUAAAAAGGCGCUAGCUUCAGCAAUUGAAGAAGAAGAACAUUUAACAAAAGAGUUGGAAGAUGAAGCACUGAAGAACAUGGAGGAUGAAUUAACUGAAGACGUGAGCAGCGACAAGGAGGGAAAUAACACUGAUGAGGGUAUUGAAACGCCGAGAGAUCGCAGCGAUGCAGAACAAGCGGAAAAUCCCAGCAAAACCAUGACGUGGGAGGAGAUUCUGGCUCAGUAUGAGAAUGAGCAAAAUGAAAAGCAAGAUGAAUGGGCAGAUUUAUCUGAGGGUGAGCCGGCAAGGCCGCCAGGAAGAGCGCUUGAAAUGCACCAACGACUGUCUUCGCCGUCAAGAACAAGGCCAAGAGCGGAGUCUGUGAGAAUCUCCGAGGAACGAAUGGUCAAAGCCGAGCGAAAGAGAUUAAAACUGUUGGAGGCAAAAUGUGCUCGACUGAGAGUGUUGUCAGAAAACGUAAGAAAAGUCAGAGCAUUGAAGAACAAGAUCAUAAAUAACCAACAAGACAUCCUUGUAGAAAAGAUGACAAAAGCAGAGCACAAGCGACAAUUAAUGCUGAAAGAGAAGAUAAAAAAGGCGCAAGUAGAGGAAGCGAAGGUGAAUGAAAUUGCAUUUAUAAACAGUCUGGAAGCGCAGAACAAGAAAAUUGAAGUUCAAGAAAAACAUCAGUUUAUGGAGGCCCGUUUACAAGAUAUAAUGGAAGAAAGACAGCGGAAAAGAGAAGGACAGCAGGCGAAAGAAGAAGCUGCUCAGGAACGCCGCAGAGCACUGGAGGCGGAAAGACGAGCAAGGCUGGAAGAAAUCAAACUGAAGCGAUUGGAACAGGAAAUCAAAAGAAAGAAAGAGAAACAAGAAAGAGAAAGGGCAAGAGAAGAGGCAAUCAAAGAAAGACAAAGGGACAGAGAAAUGAAGGUGGCUGCAAGAAACGAAGCUUUAGAAAAGGCAGCAGAGGAACUCCAAAAGAAGAUCGAGCUUAAGCAACUAGAGUCAUCAAGGAGGCAUGAAGAGAGGAUUGAACUAGUCAAAGAAAAGGCUGCUAGCUCAUCGCGACACACCACUGUUGAAGAAGCCCCCAGCAUCGUACCAUAUGAAAGAAAAAAGCAAUGCACUUUAUGCAACGUUGAGAUUUUAUCAGAGGUGUUUCUGGUCAGUCAUUUGAAGGGAGGAAAACAUCGCGAGUCGGUGAAAGAAAUAAACAAAAAGAUCACUGAAAUUGAUAUGGAGGGGUUUUCUAUGAAGUAUAUCAAAGACAUGGAAGACACAUCUGACACCAAACAAAAAGAAAUAGAAGAAAAUCUGAAGUCAACGAAAAAGAGACUAAAGAAAAUCAAAUCCAGAAUGAAUCAAAGGGGGAGAGAAUACGAAGCCUCUCUUUCAAACGAGACAAAGUCCGAGGAAUCCCCUAAACGAGCAAGACUGCAACGGUCGCUGAAAGAAAUAAACAAACUUCUCCAAACGCAAGGAAACACGUUCUGGCCUGCGAACAAAGUUACUUCUCUAGAUAGAGCAUUGAUUGAAAUUACGAAACUUCUAGAGGGCAAGGAACAGACGGAUCAGAGGGUGUUCUGCAAUAUUGGCGGAAUUGCUGUACUAACAAGGAUCCUGCUUCUAGUCGACCUCUCAGUGGACAUACUGACUACAAAACCAGUCAUCACAGACAAAAUAUUGGUUCACACGUGUGAACUGCUAUCCUUGGCUUGUCAUGGAAAUCCUGACAGUUGUCAAUACAUGUUGUUGACCAACAAACUUUCAACGAUUAUCGAUCUUCUCAAUUAUCGCUCAGAAGAUGUACCAAUUAAAGAUACUCAAGGCCAACAAGUUGAGGGGAACCUAUCCACUAUUAUCAAGCCUAUGAGCAACGAUCUAUUGGUUCUAACUUUACUUGAAACUUUGACCACAAUAACCCGGAUGUUGAACGUAAGCCAAGGUGAAAAGGCACAGAAAGGAGUUGGCGAUAAUGCCCAGCGGGUCAGCGACCUAGUCAGCUACUUUGUCUGCUGCGGAGCACUUGGAAAAUAUUACAAAAUGUUUCAAUGCCUUCAAGAACCCUUGGAAGAUACCUCGUUGCUUACGUUUUAUCAAAGAGUUAUCGAAAUGCUUCAAGGGAUCGUCCUAGCUCUUGCAAGGCUUGAUGGAAUUUUCAGUGGAAAGAAGAGCGAUGCUACAGGCCUUCUUCAGUUUUUCAAAAGCACCCAUCUUCUUGGUCUUCUGUCUUUGAUGUACGCGCUCCUUCAUAGCAGUGGAUCAGCAAGAGUGUCUCCCAGCCCAUUUCCCCUGUCUGACGUCACCGUGGCAAUUUUAACAGCAGUUCUCCGUCUGAUCAAUCUGGUUGCGUUUGUGGACGUUAAACUACUUCAAGACAUUCUUGGCUCUGAAGGGAACUGUCUACAAUUUAGAUCAGUAGCCAACUAUAUUCUGAGGUAUUGCUCCACGCAGAGCUCGGAUGAUCUCCUUGCUGAGUUGGUUAUAGCUGUUGGGAACUUCACGGUCCUGAACAAAGAAAACCAGGGCUUUAUUCAAACUGGACGCGCUCCAACUAUACUCCAACAGCUUUGUCUGCUUCCGUUUUCCUACUUUAGUGACCCAAAGCUACAGACAAUCUUACUGCCAACUUUAAUAGCAUGCUGUUUUGAAUCGCAAGAAAACCGAAUUACCAUUGAACAAGAGAUUAGCUGUACUUUGUUGUCAGCUUUUAUUGAGGACAAUAUAAAGAACGUCCCAAAGGAUGCUGAUGCCAUAAAAGUGUUGUCGCCUUUGUCAGGAGAAGGUCUGUUUUCAAGAGCAGCUCUACAUUAUCGUUUCCCACGACUAAAAUACGAAGAAGCAGCGAAAUUUUUCAGCAAGCCACCAGGUGAAACUGUUAUAUCGUGAAUGAAUGUAAACCGUUUGCUGUAAAUUAUGUAAAUACAAAGAAAGACAGUAAAAAUUAGUUAUGGGAACAGUCCUAUUUAUUGUUAGAACUUCCAAUAUUUGUUUGCUGAUGCCUGUGUGCUUUAGUAUGAUAUAUUGUAUAUUUUAAAGAUAUAUCCUAUUUUACUGGAAAUGAA